AUGGCUUUACUGGAAUUAGCCGACGAACUCCUCGCGCUCAUCGUCGACCAUACGAUUCCAGAGGGUUUCGAGAGCCUAUGUCUGUCCUGCCGCAAGUUCCACACGCUUUGCAAGCCCUUGCUCAAGCACCACAACGAACUCCGCUCGCACUUUCGCAACUUCGAUUAUCUUCUCAAGGACAAAUACCCUUCCCUCACCAUCAGGACGCCGUUUGAACUCAUAGCCCGAAUCGCUGAAGAGCCAGUUGUUGCGCGCUACAUCGAGCAUGCAGAUUUCAAGGCGGACCUUCGGCUCCCUGUUGGCGGACGCCUCUGGAUCAUGGAAAGGGAUGGCUAUCGUCCUGAGACCGUUCGCGACUUAUUUGCCAGUUCCAAGUACUUGUCAGGCAACGAGUGGCAGGACUACUUCGAAAAGUAUGAACGAGGUCUGGAAGACAACCUGUAUACCCAGGCUGCCUCCUCCUUUCUCCUAACACUGCUGCCCAACGUCAAGACCGUGGUUCUUCCAUUUCGCUGGACUCACGACAAAGAAACCGAUAAGCUUUUUGAGGCCAUCGUCCACCACGCGCGUCAACCCAACGUCACUUUGACCAAUGCCAGUCUCGCAUUGGUGACCACCCUGAAGACUGGGUUCUCAUAUGCAAUGCGGCAAGGUCUUGUCCUGAACAAGAUUACUCCGCUCCUGGCCCUUCCACGCAUCCACACGUUCCACGGCCCCACCUCUAUAUCCGACAUUGAAGCUUCAGAGCCCUCUUCUCCACGUCAAUCAAUGCCGCCCCCUGUGGGCGGAACACUAGAAGUAGCCUACCUGCGCGGCUGCAACCUCGAUGGUCCCGCUAUGCAACACUUCCUACGCUACACGCCGCGCCUGAAAACGCUCGUUUACUCCCACUCUGACAAGCAACUCAGUCGAGUUUGGGAUAUUUGCGACCUCGUUACGACUAUCGGCAAGGAGGCUGGCAGCCAUCUCGAAGAGCUGUCUAUCACAAAGCGCGAAUUCAGCGGCAAGAUCGCGCUUGGAACAGCGACCAUGCGCGACUUCCCGCGUCUGCACAAGCUUGAGAUCCCUCUUGACCUUGCGACAUGCGUCAUUAGAUCCGCCGCCCACCUCGGAACGGAUCCUGCAGAUCAGUCUCAUGUCAAUCUUCUGAUGUGUGGCCUAGUCCCCGCUUCGGUCACUCGGUUGUUCCUAACAUCAGAGGAGUACGUCAUCCUGGAGCCUGCUACCGUGGCUUGGAAUAUGAACAUCGGCGAGGCUGACUUUGUAAAGCCCAAAGGCGGUUUCGAGCUUGAAGAUCAGGACGAUGAGUGGCGCAUGCGGAAUGCGGAGGAGAGCGGUAACGACUUUCUGUUCCAAUAUGGGCAGGCCGGAACGAGAAGUGAGUUGUAUAUUGUUCAUGUGAAGUCAAAGAACGUUGACUGCAACACCGGAGCGCUUCCGGAAUAUGACUUGAACGAUAUCUGGGAUCAUGGCGCAGCCGCACUUUCUGUGGAUGAGCAAGGACAGCGAGACUCGGACGCGUACCUCGAAAAUCUCAAGAAGGGUUUCGAUGUGACUAACGUGGAAGAUGGACCUGGCGUGCACGGCGUCUGCAGCGUGUAG